AUGGCCGAUUAUCUAUAUGAUCUUCUAGCCCCUCAUCUGGCCUCGACGAAGGCUGCCACCGCCCUCUCCGAUCCGGAUCGCGAUACAACCACCGCACAAUACCUGAAUCGUCUCCCUACGCUCUCCCUCCAAGCAUUACAAUCCACGGAACCUCAAUCCCUAACUCAGUCCUCUCAUUCUACCCUUCUGUCGCUGCAAGCUCUGUCAAAUCGCUCCCACAAGACCUUUGUCACCUCCGCAGAUGGCCUGUCCAAUCUCCGCGCGUCCAUCCCCCAGUUGGCCCGGAACGCACAGCAACUGCGAGAUGCGGUCCCGAAACUCGAUGAAGAGGCAGUCCGAUUCUCGUCCAAAUACAGCCGAGCAGCGGAGAAUGUCGCUAUGGAGCAACGGAAGAAGGUGAUGCAGCUGGCGCGGAAUGUCGACCGGUUGUCCGAUAUCCUCGAGCUCCCCACGCUGCUCGCAACAGCUGUCUCUUCCGCGGCCGCUAAUUCGGCAACGACAGGCAGCUCGGUCUCCACGACGUAUUCUACGGCAUUGGAUCUGUACGCGCAUAUCAAGCGGUUACAGACACUCUAUCCCGAUUCCCCGCUCAUCAAAGAUGUAGUCUCCCAGGCUGAGGAUGCUAUGAAGGACAUGACGUCGAAUCUGAUUGCAGGUCUUCGGGCACAGAACUUGCGACUAGCAGCUGCUAUGAGGACGGUGGGUUGGCUGCGUAGGGUGGCACCAGAACUGGAUAACCUCCACCACGAAGGAUCACCGGCUGCGGCGGAGGGCGCAUUGGGGGCUAUUUUCCUGAUCUGCAGGCUGGCGAAUUUGAUCACGAUGCUAGAAGCUCUGGAUCCUCUACGGGAGCUGGCCGAUCAGGAGACACAGCGCAGGGCUCCAAACACAGACAAGAAGAAUGGGGCGACGGGGACCUGGUCCGAAGGACACCAGACGGAGAAGUAUCUGAAACGGUAUAUCGAGAUCUUUCGCGAGCAGAGCUUUGCAAUCGUCUCUCUCUACAAAAACAUCUUCACUCCAGAUCAAUCGGAGUCAGAGCUCGCCGUGACCGGCUUACGGGGCAUCGAUGCGCGGAUCAAAGCUGCGGCAUCGCGACCCUCUCACCCAGAGGAUCCACUCCAGUGUCUUCCACCGGCACUUGCUACCUUCCCAAUGCACCUAAUACAACUGUUGACGGACACCUUGCGCACCUAUCUCCCCAAUGUCCGGGAUAAAAGCUCCCGAGAGAGUCUCCUGACCCAGGUCUUGUACUGUGCUGCCAGCUUGGGUCGACUAGGGGGUGAUUUUGGCAUGAUUCUGACCGAGCUCAGCGAGGCAGCGGAUGAGGAGCAAGAGGACGACGAUGCCGAUGACGAUGACUUGGCUUAUGAAUGGGAGGAAGUGACUCGGAAACACAGAGCCUUGGCAGGACGCUUAGAGCAGCUGACAGGAGGUGCAACUCCCGGGUCCUCGGCCAAAGGACAUUCGUCGCGACAAGCCUUGCCUACGCAAGGAGAUAUUUGA